GGUACGACCAGUCGUCCGGUCGCGCGUUCUUGCAUCGACAUCGAAGAGUGGUUCCGUGCGUUCGUUCGGCCUGUGCUGUGCAUAACUCACACAAUUUCCACGCUGGAUUUUGGCGUGUGCGGUUGGUGAUGAUAGUGCAGAUCGUCCUCCGGUGAAGUUCGUGUCCUGGAGUCCGCCGGUGUGAUUGACCGAGUGCCAGUGUUUUUGUGGUGGUGAUGUGAGGCUCGGAUUAUGGUCGAGCAGCGCCCCAUGGACUCUCCUGCCGCAAUGAGCGUAGCCCGACGGACCUACGUUGUGCAUCCGCCGCACGUGUGGUCGCUCGAAACCUAAACCAUGAAGCCGAUAACGUUCGAAAACCUGCGGCGGCUGGUGGGCGGCGGUCGGAAAAAGAAGGAGAAGGAAUCGUCGUUCAAGCGGAGCGACUCCUUCAAGAGGAUAUCCAUCCGGAAGAGCUACCUCGACCGCGGGAAGAAGAAGCACAUCUCGAAACUCGAGGUGGCGACGCAGACCGUCGCCGAGGAGGACUUCUUGAAGAUCAUCGAGACCACGACGAAGGUGGAUUCGUGCGUGCAGGUCGACAAGUCGGAGUUGGGGACGUACGAGAGCGCCAAAGGCGCCAAAGGGAAAAAGGGCGACCGCAGCGGGCCCGGACAGAGUGUGAUCGCGUACGGUCAGUGGUUGAACGGCAUCCGCAAGGAUGAACCGGUUUCCGGGAUCAAGGGCUCCGAGAGGACCGUCAUUUACGUGCCCGCGUCGGACGAGGUCCGCCCGAGUUCGCCCGUCAUUCGCCAGCUCUCCUGUUCCCCGGUUUUCAGGAAGAGCAAACAGAGCCCGGGUUUGCAGAGGAAGGAAAGUAAUGACUCUGCGGUGGAAAUGUUCCCGUGGGGAGACUCAUCCGAUGUGAAAAAAUCCCCGCUGCUGCGAAGAAAAUCGCGCUUGAGUCCCGCCCCUCUGAUGCCGGAUUCGGGAACGGAGGAGAUGUGUUCGUUGUCGAUAAGUUUGGGACGGAUUUGGAUGGACGCCCCGCAGGGGAUGGCGCCGAGGAGCCUGGAGAUGCCGAAGCCGUCAGGAUCAGCGGCCCCGGCCCAUCACUCUUUAGACAGUGCUUUAAAAGACUUGAGGGACGACCCGAUCGUGAUAAAUCGCCUCCAGAAACGACCAACGCCUCCCGUCGCCAGGACUCUCUCCUCCACGAGUAACACCACAGUGUCCACCGGCUUGUUCUCAAGCAAGGACUCCGGGUUUUCCUUCUCCACGACCGCCCCCAAGCUCAGCAAUUUCCACGUUCCUUCCUCUAGAGGCUUCUUCCGGAAGAAGAAGCCCAAACCCAAGUUGUCCGUCAGCCGCGACGGCUACUUCAAGCGCACCAGCGGCCCUCUAGUCGAGACCAAGCGCAGCUCCGUCCGACGCCGCAGCAGCCGCAAGAAGAAGUCCAAAUCCAAGGGGAAAAAAUCCCGCAACUCCCCCCGCAACGACCUCUACCAAGUGGUCGUCAGCCGGCCCCCACGCUCGUUACGCUCCUUGAAGCUAGACCCGAUGAUAUUCGUUCCGCCCGAAAAACGAAAAACUUCCGUGACCCGGAAGCAGUCAUUUAAGGUCGGAAUGCGUGAAAUAAGGAAUUUCAACCCUCUAGACAGUUCGAUGUAUUCGAGCAGGAGUGUAAACGAGAGCGCGGAUGAGGGUCUAUACGAGAGCCUCCCCGGAGAAUACGACGAUCUCUCCGACGAACAGCCCCUCAGCGGACGCAUAUCACGCAUCAGCCUACGGGAGGAGGACUACGAUCUGCCCUCUAAUGAUUUCGCGAGCGCCACUCCGGUUUCGGAGGAGUCGAUCGGCUCGGGGGCGCUCAGCGACGACGACGGGAACGACAGGAGCUCGUCGUCGAAAUGCGGCAGCCCGUACGUGGUGCCGGGGGUGUCGCCGGUGCCGAGGAGGCGGCCGGUGAGGCGGAAGAAGUCGGGGCUGUCGCACAAGAGGAGCAUCACGUACGUGGUCAAACCGAACAUCAAGCGCGCGCCGUCGACGCUGAGGAGGCCGGCGAAGAAGUUAGGUGAUAUAACGCAGAAAGGAUAUGAGAAGAAGAGAACAAGACUUCUAUCCCCUUACGUGCCUAAACAAAACACAACCGGAGGCGGCGGAAAUGACGGAGGCAGCGGCAGCGGAGGCGGCGGCGGUGGCGGCGGCAAGCAACACACGAGACGGCGCACGCAACGGCGUGUCACGCACAAUGAGAAGAGAUACCAUUCAGAUGUGGGUGAUGGGCAAUCCAAGGAUGCGAGGGGCGUCAGUCCCGCCACGAGGGCUAUGCGAAGGGGUAACCGACGGCUUACACGAAACGAAAGCCGGUAUCACUCAGAGGUGCGACAAGAGGCCGUUCAACAAGCUCUCGCCCAGGCCAUGCAAAACAGGCACAAACCGUCGAUGCCGAUGCCGUCCAAACGCACAUCCGUUAUGGCCCGCAGCCCUGACAGAGACCAACACGAUUCCGAGUCUUCGUCCGAUGAAGACAGCAUAGUGAAUGAAGAAACGGUUGAAAGCACCCCAGAAAGGGAGAAAAUCAAGGACCGGAGCACGCCCCAGAUGUUCCCGCCGCCGCCUCUGUCGGACACCAGCAGCACGGGCUCGCCGCCCCCACUCCACCACAGAUCCCGCAUGCCGCCGCCGAACAACUGGGACCACAGGAGCAGGCAGGAGAUCACCGACAUCACGGACGUGUUGCAGAAUUUUCACCCAUACUCGCAGCCGCCAGAUGUCACGCACAACACAGCUCAAGGCGGCCGCAGAACGGCCGCCGAUAGGGUCAACAGGUACGCCUCUUCGGCGUCCGACGACACCAUGGGCACCGGGACCGGGCGGUGGAAGGUGUCCGCCAAAAUACAGCAGCUACUCAACACACUCAAAAGGCCUAAGAGACGCCCCCUGCCGGAAUUCUACGAAGACGACGACAUCGAGUUAGAAAUCGCCGCCAACCCCAAGGAUCCCAACGCCCCCAAACCUGAAGGCGGCUGCAUGAGCCCCGCCAUCGGCGAGCAACUAGUGGUACCAUCUGGUCUGCCCCGAAGUCUCGAAGCCGCCAUCACCCGCUACGGAAAUGGCACUUUCAAGGCCCUCGUGGCCACCGUUCUCGACCCAAACGGCAAACUAACGAACAGUUUAACCUACGGCAAGCUACUGAGUCGUUCGCACAAAAUCGCAUACGCUCUCUUAACGAAGUCGUUCAGUAAAAACGGCGACACCAGCUUGAAAUCAGGCGAUCGAGUCGCUCUAGUCUACCCCAACAACGACCCGAUCAACUUCCUCUGCGCCUUCUACGGCUGCCUCCAAGCCGGCAUCGUCCCGGUCCCCAUCGAGGUCCCGAUCACGCGUCGCGACGCCGGCUCCCUCCAGAUCGGCUUCCUCUUGGGCAGCUGCAGCGUGCAGGUGGCCCUCACCUCAGAAGCGUGUUUGAAGGGACUACCGAAAACCACGUCCGGCGAAGUGGUACAGUUCAAAGGGUGGCCGAGACUGACGUGGUUCGUGACGGAACACUUGACGAGGACCCCGAAGGACUGGACCCCGACGCCGAGACUGACAGAUGAGACGCCGGCGUACAUCGAGUAUAGUACGGAUAGGGACGGGUCGGUGAUGGGGGUUACCAUCACGAGGGCCGCGAUGGUCAAACACUGUAGGAUGCUCACCAUGGCUUGUAAUUACACAGAGGGUGAGAAUAUGGUGUGCGUCCUGGAUUUUAAACGGGAAGUAGGACUGUGGCACUCAGUAUUAAGUAGCGUGCUUAACGGAAUGCACGUCAUCUAUAUACCCUACGCGCUCAUGAAGGUCAACCCGGCUAGUUGGAUGCAGAUGAUUACGAAGUACCGGGCUUGCGUGGCGGUUGUCAAGUCGAGGGAUCUUCAUUGGGGGCUCUUGGCUACCAAGGACCACAAAGAUAUCAAUUUGUCAUCGCUAAGGAUGCUUUUGGUGGCCGACGGGGCGAACCCGUGGUCCCUGAGCUCCUGCGACCAGUUCCUAUCAGUAUUCCAGCCGAAGGGGCUGCGACCAGACGCGAUUUGCCCCUGCGCCAGCUCCAGCGAGGUGCUCACGGUAUCGGUGAGGCGACCAGGCCGAGGUGGAGUCAACGCCACAGGCCGGGGGGUGCUCUCAAUGCAGGGUUUGAGCUACGGGGUAGUCCGAGUAGACCAAGAGAACAGCUUAACCUCGCUGACCCUACAAGAUUGCGGUCAAGUAAUGCCAGGGUGUGUCAUCGUCGUGGUGAAGAUGGAGGGCCCGACGUAUCUGUGCAAGACCGACGAAGUCGGAGAGAUCUGCGUCAACUCAGGAGCUACCGGUACCCAAUACUGGGGACUUCAAGGUCUCAGCAACAGCACCUUCAAAGUCCAGCCGCUCGGCUCCGACGGACAACCCAUGUCCGACGCCGAGUACACCCGUUCCGGCUUGUUGGGCUUCCUCGGUCCCGGAGGUCUCGUCUUCGUGUGCGGCUCCCGCGACGGACUCAUGACGGUGACCGGGCGCAAGCACAACGCCGACGACAUCAUCGCCACAGUCCUGGCCGUCGAGCCCAUGAAGUUCAUCUACCGAGGACGCAUCGCCGUGUUCAGCAUUAGGGUGCUGCGAGACGAGCGGAUUUGCGUGAUCGCCGAACAACGACCCGACUGCAGCGAGGAAGAGUCUUUCCAGUGGAUGUCGCGCGUUUUGCAAGCCGUGGAUUCCAUACAUCAAGUCGGUAUUUAUUGUCUGGCCCUCGUUCCACCCAAUUUUCUACCGAAGACGCCGCUGGGGGGAAUCCAUCUCUCGGAAACUAAGAAGAGAUUUAUGGAGGGAGCUCUGCAUCCGGCCAACGUUCUGAUGUGUCCUCAUACGUGCGUCACGAACUUACCGAAGCCGAGGGAAGUUCAUUCAGCAACCGACUGUGUUUCAGACGUGGGUCCGGCGUCUGUAAUCGUCGGAAAUCUCGUUCAAGGUAAUAGGCUCGCUAGCGCGCAAGGUAGGGACAUUGGAGGUCUCGACGAGGAGAGCGAUUCCUCGAAGAAGCAGCAGUUCAUCGCCGAGAUCCUGCGCUGGAGGGCGCAGUGCACCUCCGACCACGUGCUCUUCACCCUCCUGAACAGCAAGGGCGCGGUGGCGAAGGUCCUGUCCUGCUCCGAGUUACACAAACGGGCCGAGCGCAUAGGCAACCUGCUGAACGAGAAGGGCCGGAUCAACACCGGCGACCACGUGGCCCUGAUCUUCCCGCCCGGCCUCGACCUGAUCUGCGCUUUCUACGGCUGCCUCUACAUCGGCGCGGUCCCGGUCACCAUCCGCCCGCCGCACCCGCAGAACCUCCAGACCACGCUGCCGACGGUGCGCAUGAUCGUCGACGUCUCCAAGUCCGUACUGGUGCUAUCCACGCAAGCUGUGAUCAAACUGCUUCGAUCGAAAGAAGCUAGUAAUGUGGUGGAUAUUAAAUCCUGGCCGGCGAUUUUGGACACGGACGACAUGCCUAAGAAGAAGUUGCCCGUGGUUUAUAGAGCGCCGACGGCGGAAAUGUUGGCUUAUCUUGAUUUUAGCGUUUCGACGACGGGGAUGCUGGCCGGGAUCAAGAUGUCGCACGCUGCGGUCACUAAUUUGUGUAGGAGUAUGAAACUAGCAUGCGAACUGUAUCCCAGUAGGCAUAUAGCGCUUUGUUUAGACCCGUAUUGUGGACUAGGAUUCGCACUGUGGUGCUUGAGUAGCAUAUACUCCGGCCACCACUCCAUCCUCAUCCCCCCAUCCGAGGUGGAAAUGAACCCCUCCCUCUGGCUCUCCGCCGUGAGCCAAUACAAAGUCCGCGACACCUUCUGCUCGUACGGCGUGAUGGAGCUCUGCACCAAAGGCCUCGGCUCCUCGGUCAACCAGCUCAAAUCCCGCGGCGUGAACCUGGCCUGCGUCCGAACCUGCGUCGUCGUGGCCGAGGAGCGCCCUCGAAUCAACCUCACCACCAGCUUCUCCAAGCUGUUCAGCGCCCUGGGACUCAGUCCCCGGGCCGUCUCCACCUCGUUCGGCUGCAGAGUGAACGUCGCCAUAUGCCUGCAGGGCGCCUCGAGUCCGGAACCUUCGACGGUUUACGUCGAUCUCAGGGCCCUGCGUAACGACAGGGUCAGUCUGGUGGAGAGGGGCAGCCCCCAUAGUCUUUGCUUAAUGGAGAGUGGCAAGUUACUGCCGGGUGUUAAAGUGAUUAUAGCGAAUCCGGAGAGUAAAGGGCAGUGCGGCGACUCGCAUUUGGGGGAGAUUUGGGUACAGAGUGGCCAUUCGGCUAGUGGAUAUUUUACGAUUUAUGGGGACGAGAGCGAGUAUGGAGACCAUUUCAAUGCCAGACUGGUCACGGGAAAUACAGGCGAGGUGUACGCCAGGACGGGCUACCUGGGAUUUUUGCGACGCACGGAAGGCACCCAAUCCACCUGUCCGGCCGAAGAAACUAUAUUAGGUAGGGAAAGCGAUACGGAAUCGUUAGGCUCAUCACAACACCUAGUCAGUUCAGAUUCUCCAGAGUUGCACGACGCCGUGUUUGUCGUCGGCGCUCUGGACGAAACGAUUAUGCUGCGAGGGAUGAGGUACCAUCCCAUAGACAUCGAGAACAGCGUGCUCAGAUGCCAUAAGAAGAUUGCCGAAUGUGCUGUGUUCACUUGGACCAAUUUGCUGGUGGUGGUCGUGGAGCUGGACGGCAACGAAAGCGAGGCCCUCGAUCUCGUGCCGCUGGUGACGAACACCGUCUUAGAAGAACACCAUUUGAUCGUGGGGGUGGUGGUGGUGGUGGACCCCGGCGUGGUCCCCAUAAACUCGCGCGGCGAAAAGCAGCGCAUGCAUUUACGCGAUGGCUUCUUAGCUGACCAACUCGACCCCAUUUAUGUCGCUUACAAUAUGUAAAGAUACGGUGUUACUAGUAGAAUUUAACGAAUGUGUUUGGAAGCAUUCGCAUGUUAUUGUAAGCAUAUCUGCCAUGAAUUCGUGAUUUUAUAAUUUUAGUAUUUUAGAUUUAUGUUUUAGUAUUAUAAUUUAGGACGGAAAAAUAUUUUGAAAAAUUUUUACAAAAUUCGAUUCGGCUCAAGUUUCUAAUAACGUCUGAACAUUUUCACAGUAGAUUUAGUGACAAUGUGUAGAUGUAUAUAAUACAGCCUGCUCGGCUCUAAUGUAUAGUUUAUUGUAAUUUUAGACUGUACAGACAGGUCAGACUUUUGCUUUCACCUUGUGCAAUACUUCUCUGUUUUAAAUUCAUCACUGUGUUUGUGAUUUUCGUUUUAUUUUCCUAUUGUGAUUAUGUUUUUUAGUUUUAAGUUUAUAUGUACAUAUGGCAUUCGAUUCAACCAUUAUUUUAUAUUAUUAUACACAUUAAAAGUGCGGAUAUAGUACUCUAGUCUCAUUUUUUAUAUAUUCGCCUGCUGCAUUUUCCCUAACACUUCAGGUUGUAACGAAAUUUCUUUUACAAAAAUAUGCGCUUUUUUUCUAUUUUUAUAACGCCACCUUUAUCACUGUCUACGAUCAAUUUUGACGAUCUUUUUGUGUUCAGUGCUGACAAUUAAAAUAUUUAUGCUUUGUUUUUACAAUAGUACGCACCAAUAAUUCUGUGUCUACAGAACGUGACAAUAGAUUAAUUUAUGUACAUAUUACUGUAGUGUUGAAAUUUAUUAUUCAUUGUAUUUGAGUACUUUUUGUUAAAAAUAUAUUUACGGAAAUUGUGGACACAGUCGCAAAUAAACAUUGAAUGUACCUUUAUAAAAA